UAAUUACAUUGGAGUCUACAGUUUGAGAAAUAGACGACUCACAGAUCCUCAGCUGGCAGUUUUAUUAAAUAAUACCCCCCAAACUUCAGUGUCAACAACAUCUACAGUGAAAAGACGACUUCAGGAUGCUGGAAUCACAGCAGAGUGGCAAAGAAAAAGCCUUAUCUGAGACUGAAUAAUGUGGGCCAAAGAACACGAACAUCAGAGAUGGGAAGGUUGGAAAAACGUGUUAUGGAUGGACGAUUGAAGUUUGAGGUGUUUGGAGCACAGGAGAACAUCGUGAGAUGCAGGACAACUGAAACGAUGCCGGAACAGUGACUGACAUCUUUCAAGCAAGGUGGGGGCAUCGUGAACAUCUCUGUACCCCAUCGAGCUGUUGUGGGAGCAGCUCGACCGUAUGGAACAAUAGAAAUGCACAUCCAGCCAAUCCAACGUGUGGGAGGGGCUUCUAGAGUGCAGGAAAGUUUCUUAAACUAACAGCUAGAACACCAAAUGUUUGCACUGCUGGAAUUGCUGCAAACGGAGGAUUAUUUGACAAAACCAAAGUUUGAAGGGAAAAAAAAGUAUAAUUUCAAAUAUAUAUGAUAUGUGACCGCAGGAACCUGCUCACCUGCAGCUCCGUCUUCCCCCUCCUUCAGGUGAGGUGGGCGGAGUUAUUCAGACAGAGUUUGUGAUUGUAGAGAAAGGACGUUUUUAUGGACUUUGGACUAUUUUCAUCGACCUAAAGGUUAGUUUGGAUUUGACAACAAAAGUUAAACUUUUUUUUUUUUUUUGAAAACAGUCCAGUGAACAGUAUGGUUUAAGAAACGUAUAGACAGCUACCUGCUUCAGCACGGUUUUGAGCACAUUUUCAUUAGUAAAAUACCUACAGUAGGGAUGAGUCAGCCGUCUGGUUCAAAUGAGGAGAACCCGGACACUGAUGGAGGCCAGCAGGGGGAGACAAACGCCCUCACCGGGGGGACGGCGUCUCCAUCACAGGACAGAUCACCUGGACCCCGUCAUUCCCUCCGUUUCAGGAUUCUGCGGUUCAUGUACAAAUGUAUGGACAUUUUAACCAGGAGAGGUAUCGUGCUGAUCUGUACUGUCCUGACCAACGCUCUGGUCCUGGUCUGCGUGGUCUCAGCUCAGUCUGGCAUCAUUGACAACAACCUGAACCUGCAGGGCACCGACCUGGAGCUGGUGAAGGAUCUGAACCUGGAGUUCAGCCAGAAGAAGAUUCCGGGCGCCUACGGGGGCGGGGCCUUUAGCCUGAUCUUUGGGGUCGCUUCCCUGGUGUUUGCGGUCGCUGGGAGCAAACCCCCCCUGCAGAUGCCACAGAUGUGGAUGAAGGCGGCGUUUGUGUUCCAGGUGGUGGGGGCGGUGCUCUACGUUAUAGCUGUGGGCGUCUACCUUCAUUUCGUGAUCGACGUCAACUCCACGGAUGAGUGUAAGCAGCGCGAGAGGAUCUAUUCACGAAACGGCUACACCUGGAUAAACUGUGAAGUGGGCGGGGCAGACACAGCUGCUGCUGUGUUUGGCCUGAUGACAGCCAUCCUGUACACCGCCGGCGCGGUUUUUACCAUCCAGACCUUUAAAAGAGUGUCUCGUUUUGUGCGGGAAAGAGAUGCAGAGGCAAAGAAACAGAGGAGCCAACGAGGUCCCCAAUGAGGGCUGGAGUCUGUUUUUAUUCAUGAAAAGGUCUUGUCAUUUUUAUUAUUAUGUACAUAGUUUUUUUACUUUUUAUUAUCAGCUGAAGUUAAAUGAUUGUUUGAUCUUUUUUUUUCUUUUUACAGUUGAUGAAUAAAUUGCAUUUCCUUGUUUAAAAAAAGGUUUGAUUUAUUGUCGUUAGUUGUAUAUUUUCAAAAUAAAAUGCAAACAUGAGCCCAUGAAUGCCGUAAGUAUUUGUAACUGCUGCAGAUUUGUCAGCUGAACAUCCAUGAUGAUGAUCUCCUGGUCCACCACAUCCCAAAGGGGAUCGAUUUUCCAAUAUUCUGUUGUCUAAUUAGUGAAUCUGAAUUUUAGCCUCUGUGUCCAGUUCUCAGCUGACAGGAAUGUCAUCCGGUGUGUUCUUCUGCUGCUGCAGCCCAUCUGCCCUAAGGUUGGACGUGUUGUGUUCAGAGAUGUUCUUCUGCAGACCUCAGCUGUAAUGGUGCUUUUUUGAGUUACUGAGUUGCUUUUCUAUCAGCUGCAUCUGGUCUGGUCAUUCUCCUCUGACCUCUGGCAUCAACAAGACAUUUCUGUCCAG